AUGCGAUCGCUUCAAGUUGACCGCUGGCUCUUCUUAUCCACCCUUGUGUUUUUGGGGCGACCUAGCCUCGCUGAGAGUGUGACGCCCUCAGCACAUGGAGAAUGCUCGGUCUUCGAAUGGGAUCACCAAGAUGCGGUCCUACAAUACGCCGAUCCAAUGCAGGUCAGCGGCGCCAAAUACUGCGCCAAUUCCAAGGACAAAUCGCAAGAUGUGACCUGCCCUCUGGUGGCCGAAGGUGACGCGCAAUUUAAAUCCCACACGAAUGUGACCGCUUUUCACAACGCCACGCUGUACACGCAGCUUGUCGAGAAGGCGGUUUCUGCUGCCACCCUGGCCAUGCCCGCUCCGUACUUCAACGACACUGUCUAUGCGCCCAUUGACCAGAAACGAUCAUUGGAAGGAGGGCAGGCGGGCUAUAUCAACUUUACGGCGUUGGAAUUUUGCUACACGGGAACGCUGGGAAACUGCCGAGGUUCGAUCCAGUCCUCCACCAUUGGGAAAUUCUGUGCACCUGUCUGGAGCACCGAUGGGGAUGACGUCGAGGUUUCAGGAUUCUACACUGUUCAAACUAUCCCUAAAGACAAUGUGGGCAAUUACGGUGACCCGUAUGCUCGACAAUCGAGUUCGGAUGCUCUUUCGAGCUCCCAGAUACAGGAUGGAUUUUUGGUUGCCGGACUGGCGGUGUCCUUUGCAGCGAUUCUUGUUUAG